GGGACCUUCCUGCUGCUGGGGACCCUCCUGGGGGUCACCGGCGGCGCCCGCAGCUGGGCCGACGCCUUCCCCGAGGACACAGUGGCCGAUCACGUCGGGGACACGCAGGGAAGGCGCUACUACCGGCACCUGUCAGAUGACGAAGACCUGGUGGCCUCUGGAGAUGGCAGUGGGGAGGAUGGCAGUGGUGUUCCCUGGCCACCGACAGUCGUGAGCCCGGCCCCCAGCAGCGGGCUGGCACCCACCGUUUAUUUCCGGGCGCUGGUGAACUUCACCCACAGCAUCGACUACAGCUCACGGCUGGAGGACCCUGAUUCUGAGGAAUUCAAGGAGAUUUCUGAGGCUGUUGUGGAUACGCUGGAGUCAGAGUAUUACAAAGUGCCUGGGGAGCAGGUGGUCAGCGUGGUCUUCAUCAAGCAGCUGGACGGGGAUGUGUUCGUGGAGCUGGACGUGGGCUCCGAGGGGAACGGGGACGAGGCGCAGCUCGAGGGGGUCCUGCGGGACCUGCUGGCCGGCGGCUCCAUCGCCUCCUACCUCACCUCCCCCCAGGGCUUCCAGUUCCGUCGCCUGGGAGCCGUGACCCCCCAGCCACGCGCUUGUACCGUGGGGGAGUUUUCCUGUGGGAGUGGGGAGUGCGUGGCUGCGGAAUAUCGCUGUGACCGCCGGCCCGACUGCCGCGACGCCUCUGACGAGGAGGGAUGUGGUGAGGCAGCUCAGCACACCUGGAACCUCCUCUGUCCCCAUGAACCCCCUGCCCCCCAUUCCCCACCCCAUGGCCCUGUCACUUCCCCUCUGCACCCCUUUUCCUGUCUAUAACCUUCCUGUACUCUCCUCCUGCACCCCUUUAACCCCCGUGCCCUCCACAGACAUUUCCCACACCCUCUUUUGCCUGGUACAUCCCUCUCUACC